CAUGUAAACUGCCAUGGUUAUUGCCAUAAUUCUUUUCCCCCAAAACUCCCAUCACAUUUUUCACAAUCUUGCACUGCAUCUCAUGUACGUUCGAUUCAUUCGCUUUUCCGCUUUUUUCCGGUAACAACAUCCGAGCGCUUUUCCGUCUGCCGCAAUAAUACCUACACCAUCGCUACUAUGCCUCCCUUGCCAAUAUCUACUAUAAAUCUCAAAGCCCCAGCGCCGUUACCAUCUCCUCCUCGAGUAAUAAAGGGCAUCACGAUGGCUUUACCCGCCCCGCCGAGGGCAUUGUUUUUUGAUGUAUUUGGAACAUGCGUCGACUGGCGCGAAACUGUGACGCAGGCCUUGGAAGCACAGGCGCAUGUCGCUCUGAAUUCUGCUACAGCCUCGUUAGCUACCCAAUUGAGAUUGCGGGCAUCUAGUAUGACUCCAACACACUGGCACGAGUUCGCGCAGCAGUGGCGAAAUUCUUACAAAAAGUUCACCAGGGAACUGGCCGCAGAUCCCCAGAAACCAUGGAAGACUGUGGAUGAACACCACCUCGAUUCUCUGAGGGAACUUCUUGUGGAGUGGGAGCUCGACGGUCUCUGGACCGAUGAGGAUACCCGGACUUUGAGCUUAGUGUGGCACCAGCUUAAGCCGUGGUCUGAUUCAUCUCCGGGUAUCGCGUUGCUUAAUCAGUUGUUCUGGACUGCCACACUCUCAAACGGCAAUGUGUCUUUGCUCUCCGAUCUCAGGUCAUUUGGAAGCUUGGACUUCACCCAUAUUCUCAGUGCGGAGCUAUUCGGCUCAUAUAAGCCAUCGCCGAAGGUCUAUCUCGGUGCAGCCGAGAAGCUCGGCCUACGACCCGAUGAGUGUUGCAUGGUCGCUGCGCAUCUGAAUGAUCUGCAGGCAGCCAAAUCGCUUGGACUUCAAACCAUAUAUGUUCAACGGCCUAUGGAGGAAGACUGGCCGAAUGAGGAUGUUGACAAGGCUAGAAGCGAUGGGUGGGUUGAUCUUUGGAUUGGGGAGGGGCAGCAAGGGUUUGUCACUGUAGCAGAGAAGCUUGGUGUGGAAAUUCCUGUAUCUAAACUAAAGCUCAGUUCCUCAGCGUAA